AUGGAAUUUUUUAAGGAAUUGCUUACCAUCUUUUGUACCACCGCCGUUCUAUUCGGCGGUGGAUUUUGUUAUUUUACUUUCCUCUUUGAGCAGAAGGGUAAAAAGGCCGUUCAAUUUUCUUGUGGUUCUCUACCUAAAGAGAAAGUUCAAGAAGGGUAUGAACGAUAUUCAUCAUUUUUCGAGCGGGGCCUUGAUGGAAAAGAAAUGUUCUCCUCCGAUAAAGUCCCUGCCUUUGUUGACACAUUUUAUGACCUUGUCACCGAUAUAUACGAGUGGGGUUGGGGCCAGUCUUUCCAUUUCUCCCCUAGUAUUCGGGGGAAAUCCAAUCGCGAUGCUACACGUAUGCAUGAGGAAAUGGCGGUUAAUCUCUUGAAUGUAGAGCCAGGAGCCCGUGUCCUUGAUGCUGGUUGUGGUGUUGGUGGACCAAUGAGGGCCAUUGCGACCCAUUCAGGAGCUAAUGUUGUUGGCAUUACUAUUAAUGAGUACCAAGUGGAACGGGCCCGGGCUCACAACAAGAAGGCUGGGCUUGACUCUUUAUGUGAGGUGGCUUGUGGCAAUUUCCUAAAAAUGCCCUUUGAUGAUGAUAGUUUCGAUGGAGCUUACUCCAUCGAAGCUACAUGCCAUGCACCGAAACUUGAAGAAGUGUAUGGGGAAAUCUACAGGGUGUUAAAGCCCGGAUCUUUCUACGUUUCUUACGAGUGGGUUACGACUGAAUUGUAUGAUUCAAAUGAUUCCGAACAUGUGGAGAUAAUUCGGGGGAUUGAAAGAGGCAAUGCAUUGCCCGGGUUGAGAAGCUACAAGGACAUUGCUGAAAUCGCUACCAAAGUAGGUUUCGAGGUGGUGAAGGAGAGAGAUUUGGCUAAGCCACCGGCGGAGCCAUGGUGGACUAGGCUCAAAAUGGGGAGGAUUGCUUACUGGAGGAAUCAUGUAGUCGUGACGGUGCUUUCUUGGCUCGGGAUCGCCCCUAAGGGCGUCGUCGAUGUCCACGAUAUGUUGUUAGUGACGGCUGAUUAUUUGGCUAAAGGGGGUGACACUGGCAUUUUCACUCCUAUGCAUAUGAUUCUAUGUAGAAAGCCUGAUUAA